UAUACCCGCGCGUGCGAAAAGCCUGUCUGCGGUUUUCGUUUAUAAGACGGUGCACGUCCGACGAACGAUCACAGUCGCAACUCGAAGAUUACUUACAGUCUUCCAACGUCCGCUGAACUCGUCUUGUAAAACUACAGAACAUAUCCACUCUCCAACAUGAGUCGUCUGUCCAUUGUAUUGGUUAUCGCGUUGGUCGGUUACUCACUGGCUACACCGUACGGUCACGGUGGAGGUUCACAAGGUGAAUACCAACAAAAUCACCACCAAGGUGGUGGAAGCCAGGGACAUCAUAGUGGACAUCAAAAUGAACACCAACAGAACAACCACUACGGUGGAAGCCAAGGACAUCAAAGUGGAAGUCAAACUCAUUACAAACCCGGUGGAAACGGUGGAUACCAAGAACACGGUGGAAGUCAUGGACAAGGUUCAAACUACGGACAAGGAGGCAAUCAAUAUGGAUCAGGAUAUGAACAUGGCAGUCAAUAUGGAUCAGGAUAUGAACAUGGCAGUAAUCAAGGAUCAAACUUCGGUCAUGGUAGUCAAGGACAUGGUGGUAGUCAAGGACAUGGUGGUAGUCAAGGACAUGGUGGACAUGGUUCGCAACAUCAUGGACACGGUGGUGGUCACUACUAAAACUUCAAUUGCAUCGUUGAUGCCAUUCAAGUCCCCUUUUAUCAUAUACUAUAUGUCAUCAUUUUCUGGGGCGUACGACUAAAAAGUCAUAAUAUAAUUGUCAACUCUUAAUAUUAUUUAUUUCAUCACUAUAUUUAUUCUUCAAUUGUAAAUUUGGUUAUAAUAUUGUGCCUACAUAAUAUAAGAUUUCUAUUUGUAAAAAUAAUAACAUAACCGAAUAAAAUUUUUUUCUAUAAAAACAA